GCGUCCUGAAGGAAUCAGGACGUCGAGGAGAACAUCUACUUCGACUACAUCACCCCUGCAUCACGCCUGCACCGAGCAGGCGAUCAUGUCCACUCCCGUGACAUCUUCCGCUCCAUUCCGGUCCGACACGAUCGAACCACUUACGGGGAGUAACUUCCCUCGUUGGAAGUCCCAAGUCGAAUUAUGUUUGGGUUGUAAUGAAUUUGACUAUGCCUUGAGGGAAGAAAAACCUGUGGCACCUGUGGCAGGUGUCACAGGGUAUGCAGAACUCAAGAAGGAGUAUGAUGUUAAGAUGGAAAAGUGGAAUAAGUCCAACCAUAUUGCGCUUCUCAUCAUGAAAGCGACAAUAUCGCCGGACAUUUCUGAAGCACUCCCUAAGAAAGAUACUGCUAAAUAUUUCCUCAUUGAAAUGGAGGAGCAAUUUAAAGGCUCCGACAAAGUGUAUGCUCAUGAGCUUUUUGCUAAACUUCUUCAGAAAUACACUAUUGACGGAAAUGUUAGGCAGCACAUAUUGAGGGUGGUAAAUGCUUUCACCAAGCUUAAGGCUUUGGAGUGUUCUUUAAGUGAAGCCCUUCUUGUCAUAAUUAUUCUUGAGUCUCUUCCUAAAGGGAGGAAGAAAGGAUCAUGA